AGGAAUAUUUAGCGUCCCCUUGGGUGCAAUCUGAACGUGUCCGUUGAAACCUGGAAGAAACUAUUAGUGCAAACUUAUAUCGGAGUGGGGAGGAAGUCGUUUGGUCAAAACGCCCACGCAGAAAAAAAAGAACCAUCGAGUGGAGGGAGUUUCCUUCGGUGGACGAAGACGAUGCAUGUUGAAUUCAAUAUUCUCAUAUUUCUGUGUGUUUCUGUGUGCUGUGCUGUGUAAAGAAAAUAUAACACGAAUUCGAACUCUAACAAGCCGAGGGGAUCUCCGGUGUCAACAAACGCGGCGGCUUAGAGAGAGCAAGAAUCGGAAUGCACGUGGUGCAGCUAUUUCGCUCCAACUCGUGUAAGUGGUGACGGGACUGUCACACACAUACAUUUCCCUAACUUCCGGCAGGAUAAAAAUUCAAUUACGACGAAUACGACGACGACGACUGUUGGAAGUGAAUAUCUCGAAAUUGAAUAUUCUCUCUCUCUCUCUCUCUCGCCGAAAAAAGUGCAGUGUGUGAGCUAUGUCGAUUCCAGUGGUGCAACCAAUACAACCACCAGCAGUGGCCAAAGUGGCGAUGGGACUCUACCUACAGGGCUAGGGUGUGCUGUGCAGUGGACAACCGGAAUAUCCGGAGACCCCAAGGAGCGGCCAGCAAAACGAUUCAAUCUUCCAGAGCGGUGUGCACUUGAAGCAAGCAAUCAUUUCACAGGACACCCUCAGCAACCAAGGGAGAAGGGUGGCGUCAAAAACGGUCCAUUUCCCUUCACACUAGCUGCCAUUGCCUCGCCAUCAUCAUCAACGUCACCGGCCAUUGUCCAAAGGCCAUAAACCGGCCACUAUUGUGCCACUUGUCCUAGGCUAAACAAAACAAAAAAGAAAUCAACACACACAAAAAAAAAUUAUGGCCAGUGCAUCACUGACCCGGACACUGGCGGUCGUUUCGAUCCUUGGACUAGUGGCCGCCGGAAGUACCGACGGACUCGCAACAAGUGCCACCAAUUACGGCGUCGACGAGGUUGGUGGCGAAAAUGGCACUGAUUUGCUGCUCCGGCCAUCACUGUCACUGCCGAUAACUCCAUUAGCGUUGAUGUCCAAGCACGGCGGAGGCACUUCCGGCGGCGGCAGCAAGCACCAGGAGGACGUCUCACCGGUGACACUGUCGACGGAGUGGCCCCGGCUGGCGCGACUGCUGCUGCUGGCCAGCCUCUCCGUCAUCGGGAGCGUCGGCAACGUGUUUAUGAUUUCGUCCGUCAUGAUUGAGGACCACCUCAAGAAGGCAGGUAACGCAUUCAUAGUGAACAUAGCGCUCGCAGAUUUACUAAUCACUAGCGUAGUGAUGCCAGCCUCCACCAUAGUGCUCCUCGCUGGCAUCGACAAUUCGGACACGGAAGUAUGCAAAUUUCAGUGGUUUCUAGCUGCUUGCUCGUUUUUGGUUAGCAUUUUAACCCUAGCAAUCAUGUCCAUCGAGAACUACUUCCGGCUGUGUACGGCCCAGAACGAGCCCAGCUGGUUCAACCGGACGAACGUGACCGUGAUUCUGCUGCUGAUCUGGUUCGUGUCCUGUCUCGCCUCGGGAAUGCAGUUCGUGUACGACAUUAGCUUCGAUUACUGCGACCGGAAGUCGAACCACAUCGUCCCGUCGGAAGCCGGCUGGGUGGGACUGGUGGUGCUGAUGCCACUGCUGCUGACCUUCCUCACCCACAUCCGGAUCAUCGUGGACGUCAAGCGAAACAUGAGCCUGCCCAACUUUAAGCCAAACCUGGCGUACACGUGGGACCUGUCGCUGGUGCGGACCAACUUUUACAGCUUCCUGAUCUUCGUGCUGUUUUGGUUGCCGUUCUGCAUCAUCCUGGCGUACGGAACGACCAAGAGCGUCCCCAACCGGGUGUUUUACAACACGGCCUGGAUCGGGCUGUCCAAGUCCUGCUUCCACAAUGUGAUCUACUGUCUGACCAAUCGACACUUCCGCAGCGCGUACAUCAGCCUGUUCAACUACUGCUGCUGCAAGACGACGGUGGCCGUCUCGCGGAGGCAGCGAACCGACGGCAACCGACCGACGGCCGACGUCCGGGUGCACAUCAUCCCCGGCUACAACAUGUACUCGUACACGAGCCCCCAGCGCGCCGGAAACAGCCACGGCCACUGGGGAAAGCGCGAGUGCCACGAGUUAUGAUCGGAAACGUAGCUGAAUUAAUCGCGACCGGCCAGCGCUGAGUUCGAUUAAUUUACCACCACCCCCCAUCGAGAGUCGAACAAACAUUGUGUGCAUGUGAUUAGUCCUACACCAACACACAUUUUACAACUUGAAACCCGAGUUCAGGAUAAACAGCAUUUCGCGGGAAGCAUAAUGGCUGGAAUGAAAUCAGCGAACUUAAAUAAACGGAAAAUGCAAACAUUUGCCUCCGCGGUUGGAGUUCGUUGGAAUGUGCAAAAUUCUACGGUAAAUAAAAUCCAUCAAUCACAUCUGA